GAGGCCCCGGGCACAGCAAACGGCGGCGGCGAGGAGGGGCCGGGCCCAGCGCGGGCCCCGCGGGCUCGGGCCCCGGCGGGAUCGGGCUCGGCAUGGGGCUGGGACCCCCCGGCUGCGGCAGCCCCGGGCCCGACGAGGCGGGAGGUGGCUACAACAGCGAGGAUGAGUACGAGGCGGGCAGGGUGGAGAUGGACCCGGCCACCGCCGAGCAGCAGGAGCACCGGUUCGAGAAGGCUCUGCGGGAGAAGAAAGGCUUCAUCAUCAAGCGCAUGAAGGAGGACGGGGCCUGCCUGUUCCGGGCUGUGGCUGAUCAGGUGUACGGAGACCAGGACAUGCACGAGGUGGUGAGGAAGCACUGCAUGGACUACCUGAUGAAGAACGCCGAUUAUUUCUCCAAUUACGUCACGGAGGAUUUCACCACCUACAUCAACCGCAAGCGCAAGAGCACCUGCCACGGGAACCACAUCGAGAUGCAGGCCAUGGCCGAGAUGUACAACCGGCCCGUCGAGGUCUACCAGUACGGCACUGAGCCCAUCAACACGUUCCACGGGAUCCAGCACAACGAGGACGAGCCCAUCCGGGUCAGCUACCACCGCAACAUCCACUACAACUCCGUGGUGAACCCCAACAAGGCCACCAUCGGCGUGGGGCUGGGGCUGCCCUCCUUCAAACCGGGGCUGGCGGAGCAGUCGCUGAUGAAGAGCGCCAUCAAGACGUCGGAGGAGUCAUGGAUCGAGCAGCAGAUGUUGGAGGACAAGAAGCGCGCCACCGACUGGGAGGCCACCAACGAGGCCAUCGAGGAGCAGGUGGCCCGCGAGUCCUACCUGCAGUGGCUGCGCGACCAGGAGAAGCAGGCGCGGCAGCCGCGCAAGGCCAGCGCCACGUGCAGCUCGGCCACGGCCGCGGCCGCCAGCGGCCUGGACGAGUGGAGCGGCCGCUCGCCACGGCCCCGCAGCGCCGCCCCCUCCCCCGAGCACCCCGGGCUGCACCCCGAGACCCCCGGCCCCAAACCCCCCUCGCCCGGAGCGCCCCCCGCCGGAAAACCCCCCUCGCCCUGCGCCCCAGGGACCAGCAGCCAGCUGGGGGCGGGGGGCGGCCGGGCCACGCCGCCGCUGGUGUCGCUGUACCCCGCGCUCGAGUGCCGCGCCAUCAUGCAGCAAAUGUCCCCGACCGCCUUCGGCCUGAACGACUGGGAGGACGACGAGAUCCUGUCGUCGGUGCUGGCGGUGUCGCAGCAGGAGUACCUGGAGACCAUGAAAACCUCGCGCCACAGAGACCCCGCCGCCGACAAGAGUUGAUAUUGAACCCCCGGACUGCGACCCCCCACCCAAACCCCCAAAAAACCCCCCCCCCCAACCUUCAGAGAGAC